CUAACCUAGAGCGAGAUGGGGCUGAUCUUGGGGCACCAAGGGUGGGGCCCAAGGGGCCUGGAGCUGUGGCUGUUGCUGGUGCUAACCGUGCUGGCCGAGGCUCUGGUCCAGAACCCCGACCUGCCAUCAGCUGGCUGUUCCAGGGGAAGCUGCUACCCAGCUACCGGAGACCUCCUGGUUGGCCGAGCAGACAGACUGACAGCCUCAUCCACCUGCGGGCUCAGAGGCCCUGAGCCGUAUUGCAUAGUCAGUCACCUACAGGAUGAGAAAAAGUGUUUCCUGUGUGACUCUCGGCAUCCGUUCUCUGCCCGCCACCCUCAAAGCCACCGAAUCCAGAAUGUGGUCACCAGCUUUGCCCCGCAACGACGUUCAGCCUGGUGGCAGUCAGAAAAUGGAGUGUCCACUGUCACUAUCCAGCUGGACUUAGAGGCUGAAUUCCACUUUACCCACCUUAUUAUGACCUUCAAGACAUUCCGCCCAGCUGCAAUGCUGGUUGAACGCUCCUCAGACUUUGGGAGGACCUGGCGCGUUUAUCGCUACUUUUCCUACGACUGUGGCUCUGACUUCCCUGGGAUCCCUCUGGCCCCAACUCAUCGGGUGGACGAUGUGGUCUGCGAAUCUCGCUACUCAGAAAUUGAACCAUCCACUGAGGGGGAGGUCAUCUACCGCGUUCUGGACCCAGCUAUCCCCAUCACAGAUCCCUAUAGUUCCCGGAUCCAGGACCUAUUGAAGAUCACAAACCUUCGGGUGAACCUGACACGGCUGCACACUCUGGGGGACAACCUGCUGGACCCCCGUAGGGAGAUCCGAGAAAAAUAUUAUUAUGCUCUGUACGAGCUGGUGGUGCGUGGGAACUGCUUCUGCUACGGUCACGCCUCCCAGUGUGCUCGGGCUCCUGGGGCUCCAGCCCAUGCUGAAGGCAUGGUACAUGGUGCCUGUGUUUGCAAACACAACACAAAGGGACUGAAUUGUGAAAACUGCCAGGAUUUCUACCAUGACCUACCCUGGCGCCCAGCUGAGGAUGGCCAUUCCCACGCUUGUAAAAAGUGUGAGUGUCACCAGCACUCCCGGACCUGCCACUUUGACAUGGCUGCAUUUCUGGCCUCUGGCAACACAAGCGGAGGGGUGUGUGAUGACUGCCAGCACCACACAACUGGGAUGCACUGUGAAAUCUGCCGGCCUUUCUACUAUCGAGACCCUGCAAGGGAUUUGCGUGACCCGGCUGUGUGCCGCCCCUGUGAUUGUGACCCUGCUGGGGCCCGGGAUGGCGGCCUUUGUGACCCUCAUGAUGACCCUGCCCUGGGGCUUGUCUCUGGCCAGUGUCGUUGCAAAGAACAUGUGGUGGGCCCCAGGUGUCAGCGCUGCAGAGAUGGCUACUUUGGGCUCAGCACCACUGACCCCCAGGGCUGCCAAAGGUGCCAGUGUGACCCCCGGGGCACAGUGCCAGGGGGUCCCCCUUGUGACUCUAACAGCGGGGACUGUUUCUGCAAACGCCUGGUGACUGGAAAGCAUUGUGACCGUUGCUUGGUAGAUCACUGGGGUCUGAGCCAUGAUUUACUUGGUUGCCGCCCUUGUGACUGUGAUGUGGGAGGUGCCCUGGAGCCCCGGUGUGCCGAGGACUCGGGGCAGUGUCGAUGUCGCCGACACAUGUUUGGGCGACGCUGUGACCAGGUGCAGCCUGGAUACUUCUUGCCAUUCCUGGACCAUCUCACCUUUGAGGCUGAGGCCGCCCGUGGGCAGGCCCUGGACGUGGUGGAUCGAAUAGCACACCCUGGGAUGGCAAUCUCCUGGACAGGUGUGGGCUUUGUGAGGCUACGGGAGGGUCAGACCCUCGAAUUUUUGGUGGAUACAAUAUCCCAGGCCAUGGACUAUGAACUGCUCCUGCGAUAUGAACCCCAGGUCCCUGAGCAGUGGGCAGAGGUGGCUUUGACUGUGCAACGCCCGGGGCCUAUAUCUCCCAACAGCCCCUGCGGCACCACUGUGUCUGAGGAUGACCGCUUUCGGGGGAUGUUGCAACCUGGUGCCAGAUAUGUGGUAUUGCCCUAUCCUGUCUGUCUGGAGCCUGGGGUCUCCUACACUAUUCGCCUGGAGUUGACCCGGGCUGGAGGGGACGCUCGCCCUGGAGCUCCUACUCCCAGCCUGCUCCUUGACUCACUGGUGCUCUUGCCCCGAUGGUCAUCCUUGGAGAUGUUUAGCGCAGGUGAUGCCAGUGCCUUGGAGCGACGGGCAACCUUUGAACGUUACCGCUGCCACAAGGAGGGCCUGAUGCCUGCCAAGGGCCCUCUGCCAGAGGCCUGUGCCCCUCUCCUCCGAAGUCUGGCUGCUUUGCUUUACAACGGGGCCCUAGCCUGCCAGUGUGACCCCCAGGGCUCCCUAAGCUCUGAGUGCCAGCCCCAUGGUGGACAGUGUCCGUGCAAGGCCAAUGUGGCUGGGAGACGCUGUGACCACUGUGCUCCGGGAACCUUUGGCUUUGGCCCUUCAGGCUGCAGGGCCUGCCAGUGCAGCCCUGAAGGCAGCCUCAGCAGUCUGUGUCACGAGGCCAGUGGGCAGUGCCCCUGCCGGCCUGGAGCUUUUGGGCCACGCUGUGAUCGGUGCCAGCCUGGACAGUGGGGCUUCCCCAGCUGCCGCCCCUGUCACUGUAAUGGGCAUGCAGAUGAGUGUGAUCCACGGACUGGGUCCUGCCAGGGCUGCCGAGACCGCACAGCAGGGGACCACUGCGAAAGGUGUAUGGCUGGCUUCUAUGGGAACCCAGUGCUGGCAUCCGGUGGCCACUGCCGGCCUUGCCCUUGUCCCGAGGGCCCAGGGGGGCAGCGACACUUUGCUACCUCCUGCCAUCAGGACAGGCAUUCCCAGCAAGUAAUUUGCCACUGCCAGCCUGGUUACACUGGCCCACGCUGUGAGGAGUGUGCCCCUGGACACUUUGGAGACCCACUGAGGCCAGGGGGCCGGUGCCAGCCUUGUGAAUGCAGCAACAACAUUGAUCCUGUGGACCCUGAGGCUUGUGACCGUCGAACUGGACAGUGUUUGCGCUGUCUACAUAACUCUGAGGGGCCUCGCUGUGCCCACUGCCGCUCUGGAUACUACGGGCAGGCUGCCCACCAGAGCUGCCGGAGGUGCACCUGUAACUUUCUGGGCACAGAGCGCAGUCAAUGCCCCUCUCAAGACAAAUGCCGCUGUGACCCUGGCAGUGGGCAGUGCCCAUGCCUGCCCAACAUUCAGGGACAGAGCUGUGACCGUUGUGCCCCCAAUUUCUGGAACCUGGCCAGUGGGAGAGGCUGCCAGCCCUGCUCCUGCCAUCCCAGUCAUGCUACCAGCCCCUCCUGCAAUGAGUUCACAGGGCAGUGUCAUUGCCGAGCAGGCUUUGGAGGCCGCACAUGCACCGAGUGCCAGGAGAAUCACUGGGGAGAUCCUGGCUUGCAGUGUCGGGCCUGUGACUGUGACUCAAGAGGCAUUGAGACCCCUCAGUGCCACCACGCCACAGGACACUGUGUCUGCCGGCCAGGUGUGGCAGGCGUGCGCUGUGACCAGUGUGCUCGAGGCUUUUCUGGUGCUUUCCCUGCGUGCCAGCCCUGCCAUGCCUGUUUUGGGGACUGGGACCGGAUUGUGCAAGGCCUGGCCUCUCGAACUCGGGCACUUGAACAACGAGCUCGGGAAUUGCACCAUCUGGGGGCCCUGGGGGCCUUUGAGAAGAACUUCCGUCUCCUGGGAGAGAAGCUGGGCACUGUGCAGGGCAUUGUGAAUGCCCGCAAUGCCACGGCCGCUGCCACAUUGCAGCUUAUGGCCACCACGGAGGAACUGAGGCAUGAUAUUGAAGAAGCUACAGGACAGCUGACCAAGCUGGAGGGAGAGCUGACAGAUGCCCAGGAUGAGAAUUUCAAUGCCAACCAUGCCCUGAGUGGAUUGGAACGGGACGGCCGAGCUCUUAACCUUACACUGAGGCAGCUGGGACAGCAUCUGGAUGUACUGAAACACUCCAACUUCCUGGGGGCCUAUGACAGUAUCCGUCAGUCCCAUGCCCAGUCAUUUGAGGCAGAACAUCGCGCGAACCACUCAGCCCUGGCUGUACCUGGCCCUGUGACCGACUCGGCAGGAACACGGCGCCGAGCAGAGGGCUUGAUGGGCAGCCAGAGAGACAUCUUUGACCGGAGGAAUGUGGCCAACAGGAGGGCUCUGGGUGAACUUGCAGCCAAGGCCAACAGCCUCAGCCUGACAGACAUCAAUGAACUGGUAUGUGGGGCCCCUGGGGACGCUCCCUGUGCCACAAGCCCAUGUGGUGGGGCUGGCUGCAGGGAUGAGGAUGGACAGCGCCGCUGCGGGGGCCUGAACUGCCAGGGAGCAGCAGCCACAGCAGACAACGCACUGGGCCGGGCCCGUCACACACAGGAGGAAUUGCGGCGGACCCUGGGAGAUGCAGAUGGGCUUGUGGGCAAGGUGGCAGAGGCAAGGCUCCAAGCAGGUGUGGCCCGGCAGCGGGCCCAGGCGGCCCUGGAAAAGGCCAAUGAGACCCGGGACCGAGUGGAAAGGGCAAACCAGGAACUUCGUGAACUGAUUCAAAAUGUGAAGGAUUUCUUGAGCCAAGAGGGAGCUGAUCCUGGCAGCAUUGAGGCAGUAGCCACCCACGUACUAGAGCUGUCCAUCCCAGCAUCACCUGCUCAGAUCCACCAUCUGGCAGGUGAGAUUGCUGAGCGAGUACGGAGCCUCGGGGAUGUGGACACCAUCCUGCAGCGCACAGCAGGGGAUGUGCGCCAGGCUGAGCAGCUUCUGCAGGAAGCCCAGAGGGCCCGGACCCGAGCCCAGGGUGAGAAGCAGAAGGCGGAGAUGGUGCAGGAUGCUCUUGAGGAAGCAAGGCGGGCGCAGGGUGCAGCCAGAGGUGCUAUCCGUGGGGCAGCCGCUGACACAGAGGGCACCGAGCAGACACUGGGCAGGGUUCAGGAGAAGACAGCUGAGACAGAGCAGGACCUGAAUGUGGCAGCAGAGCGGACCCAGCGGCUUGAUGCUCAGCUGGAUGCUUUGAAGUUGAAGAGGGCUGGGAACAGCCUGGAAGCCACACGCGCUGAAGAGACAGCUAACAGUGCCCAGGGUCGGGCCCAGGAAGCAGAGCAGCUGCUGAAGGGCCAGCUGGGUGACCGAUACCAGACAGUGAAGGAUCUGGCUGAUCGGAAGGCCCAGGGAGUCCUUCAGGCUAAGGAGAGGGCUGAGCGGCUUCGGGAUGAGGCCCGGGGACUGCUACAAGAUGCUCAAGACAAACUCCGAAGGUUGCAUGAGCUGGAGGGGACAUACGAAGUAAAUGAGCGGGCCCUGGAAGGCAAAGCAGCUCAGUUGGAUGGCCUGGAGGCCAAGAUGAAGGGUGUCCUUCAGUCUAUCAACCAGCAGAUUCAGAUCUACAACACCUGUCAGUGACUCCGUCCUCGCCUUCCCCUGGAUGGCCCAUGGAUGGAUGGGAGCACAUCCGCUGCAUCAACAUCUCCUGACUGGGGUUGGGCUCAAGAAACUGGACAGUUAGGGUUUGGGCAGUGGGGUGGGGAGUGUUGUGGCUUUGUCUCUUAAACCCUCCUGGGCCAUUGGAUAAAUCUGAAUUUGUGAAGUUGACCUG